AACUAAUACGAAAUAAUACGUACGGCGUUCAGUGUUCUCAAUAUUACAACAAAGUGCGGUUUCGGGUGGCUUUAACACGUUCAGACGGUUCAGUGAUUGAGGAUAUUCUUGUUUGCUUUGUUGUGGAAGAUGGCAGGAAAGGGAGACGGAGAGGGUGAGGGAAACAUCCUCAAGUUGGAGAAUCAAAUUGCCGUCAUCAAGUAUGUGCUGAUAUUUACGAAUAUCUUGUCAUGGAUGACUGGUGCGUGCAUUUUCGCUCUGUGCUUGUGGUUGAGAUUUGAACCUGGCAUUCAAGAAUGGCUCCAAAAAUUGAACGCAGAAGUUUUCUACAGUGGGGUCUACGUCUUGAUUUUCGCCGCUCUACUGGUUAUGAUUGUCUCCUUCCUGGGUUGUAUAAGUGCCCUUCAAGAAGCUGCAUUCACCAUAUUCAUUGUAAGUAAAACGCUGAUUUCACUCUUAGACGAGAUGUCUUUUAUUCAUAAUAAUUGAAAGCACCAAAAUAUAUAGUUUCAUGAUUCAUUGUAAAAAAAAUGAAAAAGUUCACCAAGAGAU